AAAAACAAAUCCUUUCACCGCUUCAUUUCAAUUUCCCCCUCAAUUUUUCUACUUAUAUUUGUCCUUUUUGUGUUGAUGUAAAAGGGUUUAAAAUCUUCUGCAGCUCGUAUUCUCAUAUGUCGCAGAUGAUUUCAUCUUUGAAUUUUUAAUAUUUGUCCUAAACAGACCACCAUUGAACCCUACUCUCUCCCUCUAUCUAUCUACUGGUACCUGGUGUUUAAAACUUGGAGUGUUUUUUCCUCUCUGCGUUCUGAGGAUUGGGCUUUAAUGCAGGUUGGAUCUCCUCGAUUCAGGUGCAGAUAGUAAUAAAUGUUUUCAUUCCACCAUCCAUAGAUAUCUGCAUUGGUAGCCAACCACAUUUGAGGGGGAGGAGAAUAUAUCCUCAGCUCUAAAAUGUCUCUCUUCAGUAGAUUUUUCUAUAGAAGGCCUCCAGAUGGCCUGCUUGAAUUUGUAGACAGGGUAUAUGUUUUUGAUUCUUGCUUUUCAACGGAGGUGCUGCCUGAUGAAAUGUACCAUAUUUACUUGCGUGAGAUUGUUACUGAACUGCAUGAAGAGUUCCCAGAUUCUUCAUUCCUAGCAUUUAAUUUCAGAGAGGGAGAAAAGAGGAGCCAGUUUGCUGAAAUUCUUUGCCAAUAUGAUGUCACGAUUAUGGAUUACCCUCGCCAAUAUGAAGGGUGCCCCCUUGUUCCUCUCUCCCUCAUUCAACAUUUCCUUCGAGCAAGUGAGAGUUGGCUGUCUUUAGGCAACCAUCAGAACAUUGUACUUCUCCACUGUGAAAGAGGAGGUUGGCCUCUCUUAGCAUUUCUCCUAGCUAGCUUCUUAAUUUACCGAAAAUUGUACAGUGGUGGACAGAAAACCCUCGAAGCAGUCCAUAGAGAGGCUCCUAAAGGAUUUCUACAGCUUCUCUCUCCUCUAAACCCAUUUCCAUCUCAAUUACGUUACCUUCAGUACAUUGCUAGGAGGAAAAUGUCUCCAGAAUGGCCUCCUACAGAGCGCGCACUUUCACUGGACUGUCUCAUUCUUCGUGCUAUUCCCAGUUUUGAUUCACAGAAUGGAUGCCGACCUAUUAUUCGAAUUUUCGGGAGAAACCUUCAUAGCAAGGGUGGCCUCUCGACCCAGAUGCUUUUCUCAAUGCCCAAAAAGAAGAAAACCCUGAAACAUUAUCGGCAGGUGGAAUGUGAUGUUAUAAAGAUUGAUAUUCAGUGUAUGGUUCAAGGAGAUGUUGUCCUGGAAUGCCUUCAUUUGGACAUGGAUCCUGAACGGGAAGUUAUGAUGUUCCGGAUUAUGUUCAACACUGCUUUUAUUCGGUCGAACAUUUUAAUGUUGAACUGUGAGGAUCUGGACAUUCUCUGGGAUGCAAAGGAGAGAUAUUCUAAAAAUUUUCGGGCAGAGGUUUUAUUUGGUGAGAUAGAGAGCCUCUCUCCACCGAGAGCUCCAACAGAGACUUUAAAUGGUGAGGAGAAAGGUGGAUUACCUGUUGAAGCUUUUUCCAAGGUUCAAGAACUUUUUAGUGGUGUUGAAUGGGUUGACAGUGGUGGUGAUGCUGCAUUGUGGUUACUGAAACAGAUAUCAGCAAAUGCCUUGCAAGAAAAAAUUGAGAUGCUGUUUCCGAAUGAUAUUAAAGGAAUACAUGGGUUGCAAAAUAAAUUAAGUGUGCCUCCAUCACCUAUUGAGUCUGAAGAUGAAAAGGAAGACCUUAAAGCAGCUAACAAGCUUGUUACUCUACCUCUAGUUGAUCCCACUAGUGAGCAAAAAGAUGCCUUUGACCCGUCUUCAUUACCACUAUCAACCAUUUCAACAGUAUCUGCUUUGCCCAGCUUUGCUCAACACGAUCGCAAUUCUUUGGUACCCUCUUCUAGAAAUGCCCAAGUAAAUCUUCCUCCACCCCCAUCACCCCCUCCACCGCCACCUCCACCUCCACCUCCACCUCCACCUCCACCUUCCUUGAACACCUCUGAUUUUGUCUCACCACCUCCCCCAAAAUCUCAUGGAGGUCCACCACCACCACCACCUCCUCCUCGACCUCCCAAUGUAUCUUCUGGUGGUGCCCCACCUCCACCCCCACCUCCACCUCCACCUCCUCCUCCUCCUCCUCCUCCUAGUAGAGCCCCACCACCUCCAGCUCCUCCUGACAUUUCGCCAAGGACCUCCUCCACCUCCACCACUUCCCCCACUCAAACAAGUAAAGGCCCUCCACCACCACCACCUCCACCUCCAUGUCCACCUCCUCCUCCCCUUACAACGAAAGGCCCUCCACCACCACCUCCUCCUCCUUCAACCGGUAAAGGCCCUCCACCACAACCACCUCCACCUCCUCCAACAAGUAAAGGCCCUCCACCACCACCACCACCACCACCACCUCCUCCUUCUUCAACAGGUAAAGGCCCUCCACCUCCUCCAACAAGUAAAGGCCCUCCUCCACCUCCACCUCCUCCUUCACCUGGUAGAGCACCUCCUCCUCCUCCCCCUCCUCCUUCAUCUGGUAGAGCACCUCCUCCUCCUCCCCCUCCUCCUUCAUCUGGUAGAGCACCUCCUCCUCCUCCCCCUCCUCCCAUUUCCUCAUCCAACAAAGGUCCUCCAACUCCACCUCCUCCUCCACCAAAGGGUAGUGGGGGUCCUCUACCACCUCCUCCGCCUUCCAUGGCAUCUGCCCAUGGUGCCCCAGCACCACCUCCGCCCCCUCCUGGACCUGCUCGUGGGGGCCCUCCUCCCCCGCCACCACUGCAAGCUGCAAAGCCUCCUGGCCCUCCGCCCCCACCCCUACACGGAGGAGGUCGUGGAGGCCAACAAGUCCCUCCACCACCUCCAGGUUCGAAAGGACCGAGCGCACCACAACCACCAUCAUUAGUGGCUGGAAGAGGAAGGGGUUCAUCUGGAUCAUCUAUUCCUGUUUCAGGGAGAGGGCGCGGAGUAACACAGGGUGCGCCCAAGAAAGCAUCAUUGAAACCAUUACAUUGGGUGAAAGUCACACGAGCAAUGCAAGGGAGUUUAUGGGCUGAUACUCAAAAGCAAGAAGAACAAUUAAGGGGUCCGGAUAUUGAUAUGUCGGAACUUGAGAACCUUUUCUCUUCGGCAGUUAUUUCUGAUGCAAGUAGAGACAAAGGUGGAAUUCGACGGGGGUCUAAUGUCAACAAACCAGAGAUAGUGCACUUGGUUGACUUGCGGCGAGCUAACAAUUGUGAGAUAAUGCUGACAAAGAUUAAAAUGCCCCUGCCAGAUAUGAUUAGUGGAGUCCUGGCUUUGGAUACCUCUGCAUUAGACAUUGAUCAGGUUGAAAAUCUCAUCAAAUUUUGUCCUACAAAGGAGGAGAUGGAGAUGCUUAAGAAUUAUAAUGGUGACAAGGAAAUGCUUGGGCGAUGCGAACAGUUUUUUCUUGAGCUAAUGAAGGUUCCUAGAGUGGAGUCAAAGUUAAGAGUGUUCUCCUUCCGGAUCACUUUCUCAACACAGGUUAAGGAAUUGCGUGCCAACUUAAAUACGAUCAACAAUGCUUCUAGAGAGGUAAAAGAUUCUUUGAAACUGAGAAGAGUCAUGCAGACCAUUCUUUCUCUAGGAAAUGCAUUGAAUCAGGGAACAGCUAGAGGAUCAGCUAUCGGCUUCAAACUUGACAGUCUUCUAAAAUUGUCAGACACUCGUGCAAGAAACAAUAAAAUGACGUUAAUGCACUACUUAUGCAAGAUGAUUUCUGAUCAAAUGCCGGAGUUGCUAGAUUUUGAUAAGGAACUUAUUCAUCUGGAAGCGGCAUCUAAGAUCCAAUUGAAAUCCUUAGCUGAGGAGAUGCAAGCAGUAAGUAAGGGUCUUGAAAAGGUUGAGCUGGAGCUCACUGCCUCAGAAAAUGAUGGUGCUAUAUCACUGGGCUUCCAGAAGGCUUUGAAAACCUUCCUUGAAACUGCUGAGGCUGAUGUGAGGUCUCUCAUUUCCUUGUACUCUGAAGUGGGAAGGAGUGCAGAUUCUCUUGCUCAGUAUUUUGGGGAAGAUCCUGCGCGAUGCCCUUUUGAGCAAGUGACUUCGACACUAGUCAUAUUUGUCAAUAUGUUCAAUAAAUCACGCGAGGACAAUGCCAAACAAGCUGAAGCUGAGAAGAAGAAACUCGAGAAGGAAACCAUGAGAGAGAAGGGGAACUCAUUGACUAGGAAAGAAUAAGAGGUCCAGAUUAAACUUAAUAGAGAAUGAAGUGGCCCCUGUAACCCAAAAUCUAAAACAAAGAUAAGACAGACAGCAACUUAGUUUUUGGCUGCAGAAAUUGACCGCUGAGGGACACCCUGGAAUUUCAAGUCUGCCUAAGGCAAUAAUCUCAAUUGGUAGCAAUGGUGUCAUGAGGUGUUUGGUUCCUUCUGUACAAAAUUGAUUCAAAUUCAAAAGAAAUGCAAUACGUUCCUUAAGAAAAUGCUUCGCCUGUCAGCACCUCGCAGGGUCCUCCAUUGAUGCACUUUUGCGCUUCCCUUAGGUAUGCUCUUGUAUCUUAGAUCUUGGGAAACCAAAAAUGGUAGGUGAUUGUAGCUGACAUGGAUAUCUGGUGCUUGGCUACACCUAUAUUUCUUCAGUGUAUUUUACCUUUCCCGAGGUGGGGUUUGAUUAUUGGGAAAUUAUAUGGUUUCUGUCCUAUAAUUUUAAGUACUAUAGAAACAGCAGUCAUUAGAGCUGUCGACACCCACUGAAAUGAUGUCCAAUGAUGGACAGAGUGGAAAAGGUCACAUCUUGUCUGGUGGGUUACACACACUCCUUUCUUCAUUAUCUUGCAUUUCAAGGGUGGUGAUGCCCCUAUGGGUCAUAUUGUAUUCCAUAGGCCUUGGGAUUAUGGUAUGCUUAGCCCUGAUUCACUGAGAAAACAUGAUAUUUUUCUGCCACCGUUGCUUCUAAUCACAAGGGUAUUAUUUCAUUCUAUUCAUGCAGGGUGUCCAUUUUGAAUAUUUGGUGACCCAUUUUUGCUUGGGCUUGAUGGGGAUCACUGCAAUUAUUAUACAAAAUGAGAGAGGAUGGUGCUGACGAAUUCUUUUUAGUAAAACCAGAUUAUACAGUGGGCAAGUUUAUACUGCUCCAAACCAGGUAUGGUUUUUUGGCCCUACCAUGUAACAUAAUCUACUCUUCCCUAGCAAAGUGCCUAGGAGUUGUAUAGUCAAGUAUGGCCCUUGACUGAUUCUUGUAUAGCCUUUUCAUCAAAGUGGUUCAUAUUUUUUGCCUUCACAAGAUUUCGUACUUAUUUCAGAGCAUGUAUUUUCCUUCUGAUAAAUUUGUAAACUUUCCGU